UCUUUUGUUUGUGUGCGUUUUUGAAAAAUUAAAAUUUCAUUUGGUUUUGAUUCUUGUAGACAGUAUAAAUAUUAGUGGUGGCAUGUCCAGUAGUCACUCGCAGUUCUACGGUGAAAGUGUAGGUUUGUCUCUUCAUUUCAUUAUUUAAUUAGAAAGUAUUAGUAAUAUAAAAAUCAAACAAAAUGUGUGACGACGAAGUUGCUGCUCUGGUUGUUGACAAUGGCUCCGGCAUGUGCAAGGCCGGUUUCGCCGGUGAUGAUGCGCCCCGUGCUGUCUUCCCCUCAAUUGUGGGUCGCCCACGUCAUCAGGGUGUGAUGGUCGGUAUGGGACAGAAGGACUCGUAUGUCGGUGAUGAGGCUCAAUCCAAGAGAGGUAUCCUCACAUUGAAAUACCCCAUUGAGCACGGUAUCAUCACCAACUGGGAUGAUAUGGAGAAAAUCUGGCAUCACACUUUCUACAAUGAGUUGCGUGUCGCACCUGAAGAGCACCCAGUAUUGCUCACCGAAGCACCAUUGAAUCCAAAAGCCAAUCGUGAGAAGAUGACCCAAAUCAUGUUUGAAACCUUCAACACACCCGCCAUGUAUGUCGCCAUCCAGGCCGUACUCUCACUGUACGCCUCCGGUCGUACCACCGGUAUCGUCUUGGACUCUGGUGAUGGUGUCUCACACACCGUACCCAUCUAUGAAGGUUAUGCUCUGCCCCAUGCCAUUCUCCGUUUGGAUUUGGCCGGUCGCGACUUGACUGAUUACCUCAUGAAGAUUCUGACUGAACGCGGCUACUCGUUCACCACCACAGCUGAGCGUGAAAUUGUACGUGACAUUAAGGAGAAAUUGUGCUAUGUUGCAUUGGACUUUGAGCAAGAAAUGGCCACUGCCGCUGCCUCCACCUCAUUGGAGAAAUCCUAUGAAUUGCCUGAUGGUCAAGUGAUCACCAUUGGUAAUGAACGUUUCCGCUGCCCCGAAUCACUCUUCCAACCCUCAUUCUUGGGUAUGGAAUCGAGCGGUAUCCAUGAGACUGUCUACAAUUCGAUCAUGAAGUGCGAUGUUGAUAUCCGUAAGGACUUGUAUGCCAACAUUGUCAUGUCUGGUGGUACCACCAUGUACCCUGGUAUUGCUGAUCGUAUGCAAAAGGAAAUCACUGCCUUGGCGCCAUCCACCAUUAAGAUCAAGAUCAUUGCCCCACCAGAGCGUAAAUACUCCGUAUGGAUUGGUGGUUCCAUCUUGGCCUCACUCUCCACCUUCCAACAGAUGUGGAUCUCGAAACAGGAAUACGAUGAAUCCGGCCCAGGCAUUGUCCACCGCAAAUGCUUCUAAACGCUCAAUGAGAAACACAAAACUGAGGGCUUUUACGCUCCAAAUCCCCCCCUUUGCUAUGUAUUGUAUUUGUUUUAUUUUAAUACUUUAUUUUAAAAUUAAUUAUGUAUGUAAAUAUUUUUAUAAGAACAAAAAUGUAGCAAGAACAACGGCACUAGAUAUACCAAAGAAAACGUUGAUAACGCAAAUGAUGAUAAAGAUGAUGAUAGGAAUUUGAAAAUUGAAAAAGAAUUAUGAAUAAUGGAUAAAACGAUUAUAUGCGAGAGAGCAAACACAAAGAGAAAAAACACUGCAUUGAAUAUCCCAUGAAAGAAAUAAACAAAUUAUUGAAAAAUAUACUAUAUACACCUACAAUUUUAUUGAAAUCUACAAACACAUAAA